ACAAAGUUAAUAGAUCGGAGAGAGCUUCGAACAUCGUGUGCUCGUCGAGAGAGAGAGAGAGAGAGAGAGAGAGAGAAAGAGAAAAUGGUGAGAGAAGUGGCGGAGAGCUGUGUAGACACCAUGUUGAUGGAGAUGGUGGCGAUGUACAGCGGCCGAUUCUACGCUAACAAGCCGGAACUCGCCGCUCGGAGGAUCGAGGCCAUCGGUUAUCAAGUCGGCCACCAGCUCUCCGAGAGGUACACUAUGGAAAGACCAAGGUUCAGCGACCAUCUAGAGGCAAUCAAGUUUAUCUGUAAAGACUUCUGGUCUGAGGUCUUCAAGAAGCAGAUUGAUAAUCUCAAGACUAAUCACCGGGGUACUUUUGUAUUGCAAGACAACAAGUUCAGAUGGCUAUCUCGUGUCUCGAUCGACCCUUCGUCUGAGAAGGAAACCGAAGAUCCGUCUACUCCAGGGGAAAGCAAAGCGGCACAAGCGGUGAGCAUGUACCUGUAUUUCCCAUGUGGAAUUAUAAGAGGUGUCCUCUCCAACUUGGGGAUACCUUGUGCUGUCUCUGCGGACAUAUCCAGCCUUCCCACUUGCUCUUUCGUGAUUCGGGUCAAGGCUUGAUACUGGCAUUAGCUUUGAGUCCUCCUCCUCGAUUUCAAACUCCAGCUCGGCUUUAUGGUUUUCAAGAAAGAUAGAUUCUUUGUGCCCUUACGCAGACUUCUUAAGCUGCGACUUCUGUCAAAACACAACUUUUGAAUUCUCCAAAACUUGCUGUAAAACAUUAUUUUGGAUGCCUUAAUGGGCCUAUCUCUCCCUCAAAAAGCCUGUUAUGUAACC